UUCAAGAGAAAGAUAAAUUCGUAUUGAAUUAUGAGUUUUAUGAAUAUUUUUACUAUGCAAACGAUUUUAAAUGAAAAAUAAGCGAAUAAAAGAAGAGAUGAAUUUCAUGCAAAUAUUAUGGAUUGUUAUAUUGUGUUAUUCUAGGAUUUCAUAUACAGGAACUGCAAGUUAGCCAAGCAUGUAGUAAAACUUAAAUGUCCAUACUGCAGUUCUAUCUGCUGGCAUUAGCGCUGCAAUUCAUCAUGUGUGGUAAAAAUCUCUGCAUAGACGUGUUUCUGUACAGUUACGGAAUGGUCAGUCUCAUCCUGGGUAUUGCAUUCAUGAUAGCGUCCAUCGACCCAAGGCCUUUUCCAAUCAUAAGCAGGUGGUAUUUUAUUGGAAUAGGAGUUUUUCUUCUUUUGAAUGGUUGCUGUCCAUUAGUUUGUCUUCUCAAAAUACCACAGUAUCCAAGAAGUAGGUUUGUUAUCGGCCCUCAGAAUGAGACUGGGAUAAGUGUAACAGAACUAUUAGAUGACUCGCAGUUUGUGGGACGUACAGAUUCGCCGAUCGUCGAACUCAGAGAGGCCAAGUUCGGCAUCGAAGAACAGAGUGAUACAGAAAAACAGAGUUCGACAACAUUAUCUUCCGUAUCGACGGCCAACAGCGGAAUCUUUUUCUAUAAGGAAACGUUUGUGUGACACAAUUUCUCAAUUUUGCGUUUGUUGAUGGGAAAUCUUUUCUCUGUGGUUGUCUGGUUCUGAAUUCUUUUUAAGUUCAGAUUAUUUAUUUUUUAUGAUCGUUUUUUUUUCUGAUAUUUUUAUUUAAAUUCUUCCUUUUUUGCCACAUUUUUUAUUGGAAUUUUUUAAUAUUGAAAUUUUAAGGAGGAUGAAUGUAUUUUUCGAAUGUGUAUUACAUAGAAUUUUUAGUUUUUCAAUAUUUUUAAAAAAAUAAAGUUUUACUUUAUUCA